AUGGGUGUUUGUUACAAAACGCGAUCAAAUGUGCUCGUCGAAGGCCGUGGGGACAAUGUGUGGCAUAGAUCUAUGCCCUCAAACCUACAUCUGAGUGUAUUGAGAGCUCCGACGACCAAUGGUAUUCAUCUUCUCUCGCAAGGCGUCGCUGCUGGUGCUGUAGGAAGCACAACAGGUCCUGUCACGAGAUCUAAAUCCCGGGCCAUAACAAAUUUGGUAUCAGAGCCACUCGUGAUGACGACUUCUGCAGAAGAGUUGAUGAAAAAGUUCGAGGAAUUCAUGAUUCAACAGGAACAGAGCAAUAAAGAGAUUAAAGGGGCGAUUUCAGGCUUACAAGCUAAAUAUGUGUCCCUGGAAGAAGGUUUGUCAAAGCAGACAAACUCUAAAAAUAGAUCAGAAACUAGCAUGGAGGAAGAAGGUGAACAACAAUUUGAAGCCAAGGUAGAGGCAAGGGUAUUAAUUUAG